CUCUGUUAGAAGGAAAACAAUGCUAGCCGAUCCAGUAACAGUAAUAAGCCAUAUCACAAAAUUGUUAAUGUGAAUAGGCCUAGAACUUAAAGCUGGCGUUGAUAGGCAUUGGGAGAAGCUGGCGGAGCACGUUUCUGAUGAGAAUCGAAACUAAACAUGAGUUUCGUUUCUUUUUGAGAGCGGACUCUGAUCCUGACUGUAUUUGCGAGAGUGACAUAGCAGUUGGUAAUUUCAGGCGGACACACACCAGCACCAGAGAUUUGCAUUAGGACAGAAUGGAGCAGCAGCCCAUCUAUAACCCGAUUAUCCCUUUCACUGGGAUUAUCCUUGGUGGACUUCAAGAUGGAAAGAUGAUUAUAGUUCAAGGGCAGGUGCCAGGACAUGCCAAGAGGUUUGGAGUGGAUUUCCAGUGUGGCAGCAUUGUGAAGCCACGUUCUGAUAUUGCGUUUCACUUCAAUGUGCGUUAUGAUGAGGGGACUGUGGUCUGUAACACAUUGGAGCGUGAAUGUUGGGGAACAGAACAGAGGAAGCCUCAGAUACCCAUCCCCACUGGCUCUUACUUUGAACUGAUCUUCCACGUGCGUAGUUACUGUUUUCAGGUAUCUGUAAAUGGUCAGCAUUUCGUUGAGUAUUGUCACAGGCUGUCCUACAAUAGAGUGGAUACGCUCGUGAUUUCAGGAGAUGUCCAUGUGAAUGCUCUCACCUUCAGAAAUCCAAAUGUUCCUCCACCUUAUGCUCCUCCUGCUUACACCCCCAUUCAAGCUUCCAAUGUUCACUCUGUAUUUGGCUCCAAUCCUGCACCAUGCAAAGAAGUUGAAUUUCCACUAGUGGUUACAGGCGGCAGGCGAAAUCGCUCCAAGAAACCACCCAGUCAAGUGACCGUGUCUAAUCCAAUGGUUCCAUACCAGGCAUACAUAGGAAGUAUCAAGCCGCAGCAGAAAAUAAAAAUUAUUGGGACCGUGAAAGCCAAACCAUACAGGUUUACCAUUAAUCUGAAGGUGAGUUAUUAUGAUAACAUUGCCCUCCACAUCAAUCAAAGAUUUGAUGAAAAUGCAGUGGUGAGGAACAGUCGCAUAAACCAGAACUGGGGCACGGAGGAGAGGAGCCUGCCAUUUCUCCCAUUUUUACCUGGUCAAACAUUUGAGAUGCAGAUUGUGAUUCAACCAACCUGUUACAAGAUCUUAGUCAAUGGAAGACACCUCUUCAACUUCAACCAUCGUAUCCAGCCUCUGAAUCAGAUCGAUCAAUUAGAGGUUACUGGUGAUAUCAGUCUUUCUCUUGUGCAGUACUAAUAUUUUGAAGUAAAUAUUCUGCUGAAUCUCUAUCCUUGGUAGAAUCCUUCUCCAUCCACACCAAACAAAAACAAAUUAUUUUAAAUCCUUCUCUUCUACAAGAAUAAUCCUUUAAUCUGAAUCAUAGAAUCCCUACAGUGCAGGGACAGGCCUUUUGGCCCAACAAGUCUACACCAACCCUCAGAACAUCCCAUCCUGACCCAUCCCCCUAAUCUUGGCUUGAAGGCACUAUUUGAUUUGUUUCUUUAGAAAAGAAUCAAUUGAAUAAAGCAAGACAGCCAGAUGAUGAGUCAGCAAGCACAGGGCCAAUCUCCACUCCAUUCCCAUUUUGAUAUUAUCGUUGAUGUCCUUCAGAAAGAAGGCACUUGUUGGGGGAUGAAGGAGGGAACCAUUCCUGGAUGGUCAGCUCGUAGGGGCACUAGGUCUCAUGUUCACAUGCAGCAAUUUGACGGGCCGGUCUCAUCAAAGAAAGAUGUCAAAAGUAACCAGAGAAAGUUUUCCCAGAAACUUGAACUCUUUUUAAAGACUCCUUCAAAAUUCCCUUCAAGCUUCACUGUGUCCAACCCUACAGUAUAAAUGAUGAGUGAAUAAAAGCAGUAGUUACUGGAGAUGCUGGAAACCUGAAACAAACACAGAAUAUUGGAGAAACUCAGCCAGUCUGACAGCAUCUAUGUAGAGAGAAACAGAGUUAAAGUUUCAUGUUGGUAUGGCACUUCAGAACUGAAAAAUGUUGGAAUUUUUGACAAAGGCAGAAUCUCAAUGCAAAAGGCAAAGUGGUUGUUAAUGAUGGAGAAGGAAAGAAAAUGGGUGUAAAUGGGUGUGAAAGGGUGCUCUCUAAUAAGAACAAAGUAAAGAAGACAUGGCUGUGCAGGAAGUGGGGGUGGGGGGUGCGGUAGUGAAUGUAAGAAUUCACUGUUGAGACCUCAAGGCUGUAGAAUGCCUCUGUGGAAACUAAGGUGUUGUUCCACAAGCUGGUGUUGUGCUUCGUUGGAAAAUUGUAGCAGGCCCAGGACAAUGUGAAGCAUAACGCAAACUCAAGGUCUCAAUCUUGAAUUCCAUAAUUUCAGAAACUUGCAGUAUUCUUACAUUCUUUCCCCUCACUCCCCCACACAGCCUUGUCUUCAUUGUGUCUUGUUUACUUUGCUUUUAGCAUAGAGGGGCCAUUUCCUAUCUUUCACAUCUUAAUUUACAUCUAUUUUCCAUGUCCUUUUUUCUUUUGCUCCAUCAUUGACAGCAUCUUUGUCUUUUACACUGGGUCUGUGCCUCUGCUAAAAGUAUAAAAAAUACAUUUUCCAACCCUUUUCAGUUCUGAAGAAGUCAUACUAGAAUCAAAAUGUUAGCUCUAACAUAGGGGCUGGCACACCUGCUGACUUUUACCAGCAUUCUCAAUGUUUUCAGUGAAUGCUGCUCAUCAGCAAGGAAAUAAAAUGGCUACUUUGGGUGUUUGAACCAAAGAUCACUCAGUUGAUGUCAUGUAGAGGAUUUGAGGAUCAGAAUUGCCCCUCUCCCCUUAUUUCAUACCCACCCCAGCUUUUUAGAAAAUCAUAGAAUGACACAGCAAAGAAGGACUCCAUUUGGUCUGUUGUGUCAAUAUCUUUGAGAACCAUCCAUCUCGUCCCAUUCUCCUCUGAAAACGUACAGUUUAUAAAGGAGACAUUUACCAUGUCAUGAAGUUACUGUGGCAUCUUGUUGAAAUCCAUGUAACAUACCAAGAUGGUGGCUAGCAGACAGUCCUGAGAACCCAAAUAUUUGUUUAAAACACAAACAUUCAUGAAAUAAAAUGCUCCCUAGUCUUUGCAUGUGGAGUGUAGGAGCAGGAGGAGGCCAUCCAGCCCUUCGAAGACUCUUGUUUCUAGUUAUAGAUUUCCACGUCCUUUUAUGUAAAAUGGUUCUUCUUGACAUUUGCCACCCCAACCCAUCCCACCCAAACAUUAUAGCUUGAAUUUUAAGGUUCUACCCUCUUGUUCUAGACUCCCUUUGUCCCUCUCACCAGAGGUUACAGUUUCUCUCCAUCUUAAUAUGGUAAUUGCAUUUAAAUGUUAUUGUAAACUCUAUAAUGACUUUUGUAAAGCAGUCUUUGUUUUAUUUCAAUAUUGUGGCCUAUAUUCUGUUAACCUCACUCACUGAAUGGGAAAAGCAUUGUAAAGAUUAAGAUUGAAAUUUUGAACUGCUGUUAUCCUGGAACACAAACACAAAUAGGCACAUACACAUCUCUAGCUACAAAGAGAUCCAAUAAUUGAUAGAUCAUAAUAUUUCAUUGUAAGACUUAAUUACAUCUUUUGACAGAAUUUCUGUAUAAUGUUCUAAUGACGGAACUCUUUAAAAUAAAUGCAUAUUGACAAAAACAAA